UACACCCACUUUCAAUUAUGACAAAUUGCUGGCUGGGGUUGAAACGUUUAAGUUUUUUUACCACCCUUUGGUGAAUUUUCACAAUUUUUGGAUGAAAUUUUUGGUGAUAGUGGUGAUAAUCAUGCGCACGACCAUAAGCUGAACGCAACUCUGGUGUUGUGAGGCAGUUUUCCAGCAGCGCGCCUGAAAACCACCACCACCUCCUGAAACGCGGCGCGAGCUUAAAAGUUUCCGCGAGUGAUGAAAAAAUUUUCGGCCUGAAAAAGCUUCAGCAUGUUGCUAUUCUGGCUGUGGCUGAGUCUGCCGCCUGCAGCCCCCGACAAAAUCAUGAUGGGCAUCCCCGCCAGCGGGCCGGCCCUGAAAGAGUGUCCCUGCGAGGAAGUGGACGUGGGGUUUGAAUGCAGAUGCAGCGGUCCGGCCCUGAUGGACAUCCCCAACAGCCUGCAUAAAGAGCUCACCAUUCUGGUUAUCGAGGACGCCGGGAUUGAAGUGCUGAAAAGCGAUUCGCUCGUGCCCUACUCGAGCACGCUGCGAGAGCUCACUCUAUUCAACUUGGAGAACUUCUACUAUUUCGAAACUGGUGUUUUUCAGCACUUGAGGCAGCUACAGACAAUAUACAUCCACCGCGCCCCCAAACUCCUGAAAAUCCAGCCGGAGGUUUUCAGCGCUUACCUCCCCAACCUCAAGAUCUUGAGGAUCGUCAACACGGGAUUAGAGGAAAUGCCGAACUUCAACGGAUUGAACACUUCCUCGGUGUUGCACAUGAUAGAUUUGGAGCAUAACCGCAUCCAGAGAAUCAACACGCGGCAAAUUAGCAGAGUCAAGGCUGAGCAACUAGUGCUCAACUACAACGAUUUGCAAGUGGUCGAAGAGGCGGCAUUUGCGGGCUCGCAGAUCGCUAAAUUAAGCCUGAGUGGAAAUUUUCGACUGAAAAACCUCCACGUGAAGGCGUUUCACGGACUGGAGAGCUUGCGCUACAUCGACCUCUCAAGCACUGCCAUAACGGCGUUACCCGUGGAAGGCCUGCGGGAAAUCGACGUCCUCAAAGUCCAAGACACAGAGUCGCUUAAAGUCUUUCCCUCAGUUUACAACUUCAAGUACAUAAAAGAAGCCUGGCUGACCUACCCUUACCAUUGUUGCGCCUUCAAGUUCCCCCACACCCACAACCCCUGGGAGUACGAAAGACACAACCGAUUUGUCAAGCAGCAGCGCCAAGCUUGCACCGCCAAAAACGCCAAAAACGCUGACCCGACUCUGAGGGCGCUGUUUAGGGCCAUUCCGCCGAAUGCAAGUCUCGCUGAGAGCGAUUUUGACGAGCAGUGGAACGGCGAUGAGAUUUUUCACAACAGUACGAUGAAUCUGAAUAAUGGAUCGCCGGUUACUACCGCCGUUUGUGGAGAGAUAUACAGGAAUUAUCACGAGGUCAAGUGUCAUCCAGCGCCGGACGCCUUCAACCCCUGCGAAGACCUGAUGGGAAAUUGGGCUUUAAGGAUACCGGUAUGGUUCAUAUCGUUAUCGGCAGUGAUCGGAAAUCUGUUCGUGGUAAUAGUCAUCUCGACAUCGCAUUUUCGACUGACAGUUUCGAAAUUUCUCAUGUGCAAUUUAGCCGUGGCUGAUUUAUGCAUCGGCAUCCAUCUGCUGCUUAUUGCCGUGGUGGACGCCUGCUCCAUAAGGGCCUAUUUCAAUUACGCCAUCGAUUGGCAAGAAGGCAACGGCUGUCGCGUUGCCGGCACGCUCACCAUCUUCGGCAACGUCCUCUCGGUGUACACCCUCGCUGUGAUAACCACCGAGCGAUGGUACACCAUCACCUGGGCCAUCCAUCUCAACAAGCGCCUAAAGCUCCGGACGGCAGUUCGCGUGAUGAUCGCCGGCUGGAUUUGUGCCCUUUUUAUGGCAUGUCUCCCCCUUGUGGGGGUGAGCAGCUACUCCAAAACGAGCAUAUGUCUGCCCUUGGAGAACAAAGGCAAAGCCGACACGAUAUAUCUCUCCACUUUGCUCGCUUUCAACGCGAUCGCGUUCGCCCUCAUCUGCGUCUGCUACGGAAGUAUGUACAAGUCGAUUCGUGAGGGUGGACACACGGGAUCUACGACUUCCGUCCGGUCCGACCUCACUGUGGCCAAGAGGAUGGCUUUGCUCGUCUUCACCGAUUUUGCGUGCUGGGCGCCGAUCGCCUUCUUCAGCCUCACGGCGCUUUUAGGCCAUCCGUUGAUCACCGUCACGCAGACGAAGAUCCUCCUCGUGUUCUUCUACCCGCUCAACUCGUGCGCCAACCCCUGUCUGUACGCCCUGCUGACGCAGCAAUACCGCCGCGACUUUUUCAUCUUAAUGGGGCGCUACGGCCUGUGCAAGGACCGCGCCGAGCGCCACAAGGGGGCCAUCGGGGGCAAACCGCUCCCGUACGGCUCCGGCCCGCAGUAUAAGCGGACUAGCGGCGAGGCAGCCGGCAAAAUUCACAGUGCGGGAGGUAACAACCAUCGAGGGUCUCUUUUGACCACUAUCGUUUCAGUAGAAGUGCCCAUGGUGAGGACUAGUUCCCGGAACAGUGCGCGCUCGCGCCCGGACUCGCUCAACGCCGUUCCGGAGUAUUCCCUCCAGCAAAUCAACCUCGGCAUGAUGGACGAUUGCCGGAAACUCACUUCGACCGAUAACUUGUAAGAGUGAUGUUUAGUGUUGGUUGUUGUUUAUACAUGUAAAUAUUAAUUAAGUUGCUAAUAAAACCCUGCAUUCCACUA